AUGACUGAAAGGAAUAGCACCAGGGUGACAGAAUUAAUUCUCUUGGGCUUUUUAGUCCAUAGAGAGAUUGAAAUUAUUCUCUUCCUGCUCAUUUUAGCCGUAUAUGCUCUAACUUUGGUAGAAAACUUUGGGAUGAUUUUCGUAAUCUGGUUGGAUUCUCGACUUCACACACCCAUGUACUUUUUCCUCAGGAAUCUGGCCUUUGUAGACCUUUGUUACUCUUCAUCAAUAGCCCCCAAGUUCCUGGAGACCCUCUUGACCAAGCACAAGUCUAUAUCUUUCCAUGCAUGUGCAACACAGUGGGGCUUUUUUCUGAUCUUCUUGAUUUCAGAGAUGUUCCUUCUGGCAGUAAUGGCUUAUGAUCGCUAUGUGGCCAUAUGCAAUCCUCUUUUCUACAUGGUGGUCAUGUCCCAAAAAAUGUAUAUGCGGCUUGUAUUGGGCCCCUACUUAUACAGCUUUUCUGUUGCUUUACUCCACACAGUAGUUACUUUCCAACUAAUCUAUUGUGGUCCCAAUAUAAUAAAUCACUUCUAUUGUGAUGAUGUCCCUUUGAUGACCCUUGCAUGCUCAGACAUCAGCCUCAAAGAGAUUUUGAUUUUCAUCUUUGCUGGAUUCAACAUGAUCAGCUCUUUGACUACUGUCCUUAUUUCUUACUUAUACAUUGUGGCUGCCAUCUUGAAAAUCCAGUCUACAGAAGGGAGGUGCAAAGCUUUUUUGACCUGUGCCUCUCAUCUGACCACUGUGACUAUAUUUUAUGGAACUCAUCUACAGCCAAACUCAAACAAUUCCCUUGAUACAGACAAAAUGGCUUCUGUGUUCUACACAAUAGUUAUCCCCAUGCUAGACCCCAUGAUCUACAGUUUGAGGAAUCAAGAGGUAAAGAAAGCUCUGAGGAAAGUCUGUGAAAAAUGGUAUGUCUUGCCAUUAACAAACUUUAAAAAAGGAAUUUCAUGA